AUGAGCGGAGUAGCCCCUUCUGAAAGUGCUAAGGAGCCCAUUCAGAGCACUGUAUCCAAUGAGGCCAAGCAGCCCAAGAAAGUUUACUACUCUACUGGCCGUGGUGGUGCCGGUAAUAUCUUAUCUUCUACAGAGGCCCCCUCACCUCAAAUGGUGCCCCAGGGCUCCAACACACCUAAGUUGACCACUAGCAAAAUCACAACUGGAAGAGGUGGAUAUGGUAAUAUGGUGAAUAACGAUAGCCCUGAACUUGCGCGCAAGCUUCAGGAUGUAGAUGGACAGCAGAAGAAGCCAGAUUUGUACGCAGUUGCUUCCAACAAGUCAUUCACAGUGGGCCGUGGAGGUUUUGGAAAUGUUGUAUCGAAGACACGCUCCAACGGAAGCAGUGUUGGAUCUGGAGGCAACAACAACUUGUACACCGUGAUCAGUCUGGGUGGUGAGAAGCAUAAGAAGACUGGUUUCGUGAAGAAGGUGAAGAAUUUCUUCUCUUGA